AUGCAGCUACUUCAGCUUCUUGGCCUUGGGUUGGCAGCACUCACAGCUCCUGCUGCUGCUCACACUUGGAUCGAAUGUGUUUCUACCACAGUCCCAAAUCUCGAUGCUGCUCGUUCCUCUCCUGGGACCGUUCUCCCCAACAAUGUCUGCUCUGGUUACCCCAGAAACAAAGCCUUGGAUGGCAAUUGGAUUGAUGAAUCUACCUUUUAUUCUUGGAAUUUGAACCACCCAGACACCAAUCCCAAUGGACUUGCUUGCAAUCCAACACAAACCAACCAGUAUCCUCCAGGAAAGCCGAUGACCACCGCUAAGCCAGGAGCGACCCUCAUGAUGCGGUUCUGGGGAAAUGGACACAGCAGUUACCCCUACGGGCUCCCUCCUAACAAGGACCCUGGUCUCGUCCGUAUAUACUGGAAGGGAGCUAAGGAACAGGAAAUUACCUCAAAGAGCGAGCUGACGGGUGCCAACUGGCUGCCUGGUGCACAAGCCAAUUUCUCGGGAAAUUCAAUCUGGAGGAGACUACCUGACGGGAGGCCAGACGAUAUCGCCAACUACAUGCAAUUUACGCUGCCGGCCGACAUGGAGAAUGGACGGCAUAUGAUGGUGUUUGCAUGGGCUGGCGAGCGGGGAUUUCUGAAUAAUGGACCUGGAUGGAAGGAGACGGAUUACAACAACGAAUGGGUGAAUACGUACACGACAUGCUUCGACGUCAUGGUAGAAGGGUCAGGUCAUCAAGGGCCUUCGGCGGGAAGCGGUGGUAGUGGUGGAGAUGGGGGUGCAGCAGACAUGUGUUCUUCGACACCAUGCAGGAGAGGAGGAAUGAGCUCUGCGGCGUGUACUGGGGGGUCAUGCCCGCCGUGUCGGUACCGUAAGGCGGAUGGUGUGGAUUGCUAUGAGUAUAAGGAUGGGAAGUGCCCAUUUGGCAAUGCAUUCGACUGUCUGCUCAACAAGCAGGUAUAG